AUGAACAAUAACAAUAACAGGAGGGAUGCAACGUUCAGAUUAAUGAGAACAUGUCUCCUCAUGAAACUAGACACCGGAGGUGUCGCUCUCUAUCGGAGAAGAGGGACUCCACCGGCUGGGUGUCGCUGGAAAGCGAUGGACGGCGAGGCGGGGCUGGACGGAGGUCAAAGAUGGGAGGCGUCGGCGCCAAGAGAAACAUCGGAGGUGGGAGAAGUUAUCGACGUCGAGAAUUGA